AUGGACGACGAUAAUGUACCAUUGCCUCCCAGUAGUGAUUCUGAAGAAGAACUCUUGGACGAUUGUGAUACUUGUACACCAUUCGAGUUGGAGCAAUGCUAUUCGCACAAAUACAGACUGUUUGAUGAAACGGCAUUGUCCUUGAAAAAAGAAUAUGUGCUAAGCUUGGAAAAGGACAAUUCUCUAACUCGGCUGGCGGCCGGUUUGACCGACACAUCUGUACAUAUUCUCGAUAUAAGUUCCGAAAGGGGUUUAUCACUUUUCGUAGAUCUCCCACCAAUGCCAGCCAUCAAACCGGGUGUUAAAGUAUGUGGAGUUCGUUUCUUGGAUGAAAGCCCAAACAACUUACUUGUGGGUACAACAAAUGGAAUAGUGCGGUUAUUUGAUAUACGAACACAAAAGGAACAGGCACGUUUUGAAAACGAUGCUAUUAUAGGAACACAACCAGCACCAAAAAAUAUAUGCACCUUUGAUCGUAAUGCCAAUAGCCGUUUAUUGUGUACCGGUACCGAGGAGCUGCACUCGAAUGUUUAUUUAGUGUUCUACGAUCUGAGAGAGCGCAAGCAUAUGGGAGACUAUUUCGAUUGUCAUCAAAGUGAUGUCACUACGCUACGUUUUCAUCCACAAAAUCCGGAUAUUUUGUGUUCUGGUUCGACAGACGGUCUAAUCAAUACAUUUGAUUUGAAAGAGGCAAGCGAAGAAGAUGCCCUAAACAUAACCAUAAAUACUGAGAGUAGUGUGCACAAAAUUAAUUGGCAUAAAAACGUCUACGAAAAAGAUAUUUUAUCCUGUAUUACUCAUACUAAUGAUUUCAAAGUAUACGAAGCCGAGGAGGGCGAUCUACUGGCUGAAUUUGAAAGAGAUAAGAUCACCGAAAUUAUUAAGCGCAAAAGUCCUGCCAACUGCAAUCUUAUCGAUGCUCAUAGUACAUCUGACGGUGGCAUUUUAUUAUUGACUGGUUCAAACCUCAACAAGGGAGAGAUUAUGCGUUCAUUGGCCUAUCAGAAUAAGAAGCUAUUACCGUUUGCAAACUUCGAUGGUAAUAAACAAAUUGUACGUGAAAGUGUUUACGAUGCCAAUACAAAUGUACUGAUAACAGCUGGCGAAGGAAGUAUUGUUACGCUAUGGACACCAGAUUCAAAUAAUGUCGGCAAUAAUUCGGGAUCUAGCAAAUUGAAAGCCAAAAAGUCUAAAUCUAAUAAAGCAAAUCCGUACUAG